AGAGAAAAUGAGGACGCUUGUCUCAGAUUCCUUUAAAUAAAAUAGAGUUUGUGCAAGGGUUGGAGUUGGAGUUACUCCUCUUCCCUUUUUACAACACAAAAUUCGUCAAGGAAAAAUGUCUUGUUUUCAAAAUCCCCUACUAUUCUGGAGAAAUUGGUGUCGCUUGAGGACUUGUACAAUACAAAAUGGUGAAUUUUGAAAAAGUGGUGGGUAGCAUUAUAAUAAUGUAAUGAGUAUUUGCAAUUAACGUAAAAAGCUCUCACUAAUUAUGAGUUUGUUUGUAAUAAUGGGAAAAGUGUUAUGAAUGAUAAUGCUUCAACAUCAGUACCAUGUUCACUAUAAAACCCUACCCCCCAUCGCAAUAUCAUCAUCCAACCUUCCAACUUUCAUCAUCAAAAUGCCUUCCAAACUCCAAAAUCUUCUGCUCUUUCUCCUCCUCUUGGCCUUCCAGGAGAUGAUAAUAAUGCAUGGGGAGGCAGAGGCAGCCGUGUGCGAGUCGCCGAGCAAACUGUUUACAGGCCUUUGCUUCAGCGACAGAAACUGCUCCGCCAUCUGCGAGAAAGAGAACUUCGUCACUGGCCGUUGCAAAUUCUGGAAAUGCAUUUGCAGCAAAGACUGCGGCACUGGUGGCGGCGGCGGCGGAGGAGGAGGCGAUCCAGGUGGCCCGCCUGACGAAGGCGGCGACGAAGGCCCGCCGGAGGGAGGGCCUCCCGCAACCGUUGUUAACAGGAAGCCUUUGAUGGAGUCCUGAUUUGUGUCCUCUUCUCUAUUAUGUCACCACAGUUGAAGAGUUGGAAUAAAAAUUUAUUGCUUAGAUGCUGCCAG